UAGAAAGCGAGGCGGCCAUGGCGGCGGAGGACCCCGUGCAGGAGCUGUGCCAGGAAGCCUCUUGCUCCAUCUGCCUGGAGUUCUUCAGCGACCCGGUGACCCUCACCGAGUGCGGCCACAACUUCUGCCAAGCCUGCCUGACCCGGAGGUGGGAGGAGUCCGGGACCGAGCCUUCCUGCCCCCAGUGCAGGGGAAGAGCCCCGAAGAGGAAAUUCUGGCCGAACCGGCAGCUGGCCAACUUUGUGGAGAUCAUUAAGAAGCUCCGUCCUUCGGAAGAGAAGGGGGGACUCUGCGAGAAGCACCAGGAGCCCCUGAAGUUCUUCUGCAAGGAGGACGAAGUCCCCGUCUGCACGGUCUGCGGGGUAUCCAAGGAGCACAGGGAUCACGAGGUGGUUCCUCUCGAGGAGGCUCUCCAAGACAACAAGUACCCCUCCUACAGCUCUCUCACACAUCAGGUAGUGGUGACAGCCGGAAAAGAGGGAGUUUGCCAGAAGCACCAGGAGUCGCUGAAGCUCUUCUGCAAGGACGAUGAAGUCCUCAUCUGUGUGGUCUGUGACCGAUCCAAGGAGCACAAAGAUCAUGAAACCCUUCCUCUCGAGGAGGCCUCCGAAGAGUACAAGGAUCACUUCUGCAGCUGUGUGGAGAGUCUGAAGAAAAAGAGAGAAAGAAUUGUGGCAUAUAGAGAAGAUGUGGAGAAGGAAAGCCAAGACCUGCUCAAGCAAACCGAAGUUGAGAAGCAAGAGACAUUAGCCAGGUUCAGCCAGCUGCAUGCGUUUCUGGAGGAACAAGAGAAACUUCUGCUGGCCCAGGUGGAAGAGGUGGAGAAGGAGGUGGCAAGAAACAGGGACCAGCUCCUGGCCAGACUCUCUGAGGAGCUCUCCGCUCUGGAAAGCCUCGUGCAGGAGAUGGAGGAGAAGAGUCAGCAGCCGGCCAGUGAUCUCCUACAGGAUGUCCAAAGCACCUUGAAGCG